CCCCCUCCACCUCUUCCCAAGUCGCUAGCCUACAACCGGCUGCGUCCACAUCGCACAGGCGUGGUGUGUACAGUUUGGGGUGCGGCAGGGUUUGACUGUGGCUGUGUGGUUAGUGAUGGUGGGUUUGGUGGCUUGGUGAUGGAGCUUUUAGAGGAAUGACGACGGAAUGCGGCUUUGCCGCCUUCAAAGGACAGGCGUGCCGCCGGCAUUCGUUCUGCGAGGGUGAUCAUCGGCCACACUCGUGGUGACACUUGGGGUGUGUGUUGGGGGGGGGGGGCCUUCUGGCUAGAGGAGGAGCCACCACCAGCACCACCACAGGUGGACUGCAUUGUCGGAACGAGGGGCGGGGGCGAGUGCUCGCUGCUGUCCGUGCUGCACGGGGCUGCUAGCUGACUCUGGCGGUGUUGUGGGGAGUGGUCGCAAAAGUGCCACUCGGUGGCCGUCCACUCAAACGAAACUUGGUAAGAGCGAAGACUAAAAAAAAACUUUUAAAAAAAGAGCAGCAGCAGCAGCAAUGUGAAGUUGAGACUUGGCUGUGGAUGAGCGAGGAGCCCGUGAAGCGAGCGAGGACGGAAGGUUUGGGGCGGCCGUCUCCGGCCAGCCGAGCGUCCACUGCGACCGGGCUAGCCGGCGUCCCGUCACCUCGGGGUCGCUGUCUGUGACGCUCCGCGAGCAAUGCGGGGCAGCAGGGUAUAGUCAGUGUUGGGGUGGAGAGGCGUGUGCCAGGUCGGUUGUUUACUCGCCGUGUGCUUUGGAGGAGUUCGCCGACGCCGGAGACUUUUGCCUCGUCUGCGGAGAUGGGGCAUCACCAACAGACUUCCUUCGCUCUGAAUUCCAGCAAGGCAACGUGCUUAUAUUUACGACGCGGCCUUUCAGCUCGCACACAAAGCAAUACAAUUUAUUGACCACCAAUUGAGAGGUGGGAUUGCAUUGCCCCUCCGAACAUUCCGCACCAGCGCUCGACGCUGAAUUACAACGCCAACCUCCAAAGGGACCAGGAACUGAGAGGGAGUAAGCGUGGCAGCGAGAGGCACAAGCAAACCGAGGUUAAGCAUAGGGCCCCAAGCAGCUCAAGGGGGUGAGGGCAGGGGGGACGGGCAAUCCAGGCUUUGCUGGAAUUAAAAUCCUAAUAAACAACACGAGAUAAUUAACAUUACACGCCAGUUCAUCUCCUGCCCCUCUUGUUGUUGUUGUUGUUGCUGCUGCGUGUCUCUCAUCUCGCUGCGUCUCUGUCCCUCUCUGUACCUCGCCUGGCAUCUGUCUCGGUCUCUUCUAAAAAUUUCGCUCCACCUGUCUCUCGCCUACACAUUUUCUUGACUCGCCACACCCCUGCCUCUCGUCCCCGCACAACCGCUUCCCAUCGGGGCCUCCCAAAUGGGCCCGCAGCGGCAUUGGGCACCGACGCAGGCCUAGCACGCCCGCAAAAAAGCCUUUCUUGGGGCGACGGACUCCCAACAGUGCUCGGCGAGCCGCGACCGAUCGACGUCGGCAAUGGCGGACGGGGGCGGCCGGUGCCGCAUCUGCAGCUUGGAGCUGCGCGGGAGCCAGCGCCGCUGGAUUUUCGGCGGGGAGAGCGCGACGGGCCGCCCGGGCCUCCGCGUCAUCCUCUCGCACCUCCUGGGCCAGGAGCUGGUGCGCGGAGAUGGCCGCGGGGAGUUUGCGUGCGGGAAGUGCGCCUUCUCCCUCGAGCGCGUCUACAGGUACGACGGCGUGAUGAACCGCGUGAAGGCGCUGUCCAUCGAGCGCAUGCAGAAGCUGGCGACGGAGCGCGACAAGCUGGCGCAGUGCGUGCUCUUCCAGUACGGCCGCUCGAACCCGGGCCAGGGCCGGCCCGGCGGGGGCCGGCAGCGCUUGCUGGACGCGAGCCGCGUCGCGUAUAAUGACCUGCUGCAGGACGACGCCGCCUUCUCCGAGUACGAGAGCUGGUCCGAGCGCGGCGGCGGGGGCGACGGCAGCGGCGGCGCCUGCUCCUACUCCUUCGCCUCGACGCCGCUCAAGAGCGCGCCGGGAGGCCGCGGGCCGUCCCGCCACGGCCCCGCUUCGGGCCGCUCCACGCCGAGCGGCUGCGGCGGCGCCGCCGCCAUGCGCCGGAGCGUCAGCGUGGACUCGCUGCGCGUGCCGGACGCGCGCUACGAGUCCGUGUGCAAGGUCCCGCGCAAGGUGGCGGCCGGAAUGGGCGCCCGGUCGCCCUGGUCCGUGUCGCGCUCCGUCAGCGUCGGGGGCGGCAGCGUCGGCACCGCGGACGGCGCCUCCUCCGCGACGAGACGGAACCGCGGCGCGGGCCAGGGCUCCUUCGGCAGGCGGGGGUGGGGGGCGGUCGGCUCCGUCGGCUCGUCCGUGUCCCUGGGGUCCCUGGCAUCCUUCGGCGCCGUGCCCGCGCUGUCGAUCGCCGAGGAGGAAGAGGAUGGCGACUGCGAGGACGCGGUGGACAGCGUGAGCGUCUUCUCGGCCCGCUCGCCCGUCACGUCUCCGCCGCCGCCGGCGCUCGCCCGCUCCCUGCAGCUGGUGCGCAGCAUCGGCGUCCGCAGCCUCCGCCCCUCCAAGGGCAGCAGGAUCCCCACGCCGGCGCGGCGGGGGGGCGGCGGCGGCGGCAGCGGCGCCGGCUCGGCGCGGACGCGUAGCGAGCGCAGCACGCCGCGUGGCAGCCCCCGCCGCGAGGAGGCGCCGGAGCUCUCGGGGGGCAACGCCGUCGGAGCGGAGGAGCGCGGCGCUUGCCGUGAGGACGUUGGCCAGCAGCUGGAGCGGAACGAGAGCGGGGCGGCCGCGCGGAUCGGGGACCUCGAGCGGAGCCUGGCAUGCGCCGUCGCCGGGCCGAGCCUCCGCGAGCGCCUCCUGGAGGACUGCGCGAGGAUGGCGGAGGAGAGAGCGGCGGGCGACGAGGACUCGGGCCACCUCGUCACGCGACUCAAGGACAGGCUGUCGGAAGGACGCUCCGCUCCCGUGACCUCCGAGGCACGCGACGGUCCGUCGGAUCCUCCUCGCGCGCGCGGGACAGACGGACGGGACGAGAGGGCCGGGAGGGAGGAGAGGGACGGGAGGGAUGAGAAGGAGCUGCUGUGUCUGAGGGAGGCUCUGGAGGAGAAGGACUCGGACAUCCGCCGGCUUUGCAGCGUCCUCUCCAGCAACGAGUCCACCAUCGCGAGCCUGGACACGGUGCUCAAGCAGAAGGACGAGGAGCUGAAGCGGUCGAGCGACGCGUUCCUGGAGAUGAUCGACGGCUUGCGGAGCAGCCACGCGCGCGCCGCCCGGCAGAAGGACGCCCUCAUCGCGGAGAUGGAGCAGGCGCUGCGCAGGAAGCUCCGCGACACGGAGGAGCUGCUGAGGAGCAGGUCGAGCGGCGGGGACGAGGCCUUGGCGGAGGCGACCGAGCGCUGCGUGGAGCAGCAGCGCCAGCUGCAGCAGGCCCUCGUCGACAGAACCCGGGAGCUCUCCGAGCACCAGGAGGAGGUGGAGAGGACGCUCCGGCUGGUCGUGGACAAGGAGCGCCUGCUCAAGGAGAGGAUGGAAGCCUCCUCGACGGCGGAGGGAGAGCUGAGGGCCGAGAUCGAGCGGCUGAAGCGCAGCGCGGUCCAAUCUCCGCGCGGAGCAGGGGCGGGCGACGCCGCUCGGGCGGUGUCCGGAGACGCGGAGGCCUCGGAGAGGCCUCACCAAGGAGGCCGGGACGGAGGCGGUGUCGACGCGACGCUCGUGGCUGAGAACGUGGCGCUGAAGGCCCAGCUCGCCCAGCAGGAGAAGCUCCUCAAGGAGCUCAUGGCAGAGGGCAGCAGGAACGGAGACCACGGCCGCUACGACUACGACGACGACGCUCACCACCUCCUCCUCCUCGACGACGACGUAGACGACGACGAGGGGGAUGACGAUUUGCUGCCGGAGUUCCCUCGGUUUGUCACUCGCUCCCCUCCGCUGGGGUCCGCCCCCGGAGAGCGAAGCGACGCGGACACAAGUCGCCCACCCGCGGCGGCCUUCAGCAACGGUCUCGAGGCCAAGAAGGCCGCGGGCUCGGACGGUGGACGGCAGCAGUCGCCCCCCACGGCCGUGUCCACUUCCGCCAGCGCUGCGACCUUGACCAAGCAGCCGAAGCAGCCCGCUAAGCAGAGGCCCUCCAAGGCCACCAAGCAGGGGCCCCCCAAGAAGAGGGCGGCGAUGGCGGCGGGCGGCGGAGCCUCGAGCCACAACGGCAAGAAGGCCGCCGCGCCGCGCCAGGACGAGUGACGGCCGCCGCGGCCGUGGGCGCGGCCGCCGUCCGGGCGUGGAGGCGACGCGGCGGCAGCCUCGUCGCCGCCACCGCAUGCGGAAGCCCUCGUCGGCGUCGGCGUCGGCGUCGGCGUCGGCGUCGGCGUCGGCGCCGUCGUCGGCCGUGGUCUAUCCACUGCCGGAUGAGAAGGCCUCCCGAAAAUCGUCUCUCUCGAUCCCACGAUGCGAUGGCCCCACCUUGCUCCUGAUCUCAUCCCCUCUCUGUUCUUGAAGUCGAAAAGUAAAAAUGAGUCGGGGUCCAAUUCAUCACCGGCCAGGUUCUGUCCACUGCUGGAUGAAGGCGCCUCCCCAGGCCGGCGCCAUCCGUCGCGAUGCUGCGAUGCAACACCCCUAACCGAGCACGAGCCGGUUUCAUCGUUCCAUCUCCUCGGAGGAACGUCGUCUACGGACGCGCUCCAUUCCUUCCACCACCCCUUCCAUGGAACGGGAUCACGGAAAUAACCUGCGGGCGCUCGCCUCGCCCUGCCUGCCGAAGACUAACACGCACACACGCACACACGCACGCUCACACACUGGGGAGUUCAAUAGAACGACACGGAGCAAGUUUUGCACAUUAAGAAUUAUGCUUCACGGGGGCAAUAAUUUCCCUUUGCACUCUCUCUACACUGCGAACUUCAUCGACGGAACUUCCACUGCCGCGGUGCAGAGCGCCGAGUGGGCUUCGUGGGGGUUUGCUGGCGGGAAUGCUCUCGUUGCUCUCGCCUUCUGUUGUAAAACAGAAUCCCCAAAUCACCCUGCGGUUUCGCUUGGCCUCGGCGGCGCGGGUGUCGCAGGUGUCGUGGGCGGCACGGGUGAAGUGGGUGGUGUGGGUGG